AUGAUACCUUUUAUGCAUCCGGUGGCCCCAAAAGUCCCGGAUAGUGACCAUACUGCCCCUCCCACCCCACGCGUAAGCCUUCUCACAAGGCCGCACAUUAUGCAGCCCCAAACGACUGACGACACACUCUCCAUCAUCAAUAGCGACGAUUAUGCCCACCGACACGCGCCAUGGCAGAAAAAGCCAGCCUCGAUUCCAUCUCGAUCAUGCAACGACCCCAGCGUCCACAUCGGCACCACUCGCCGUGGUACAUGGGAUUUGCACAUGAAAACGACCACCAGAAAGCAGGAGUAUUCACUAUCGCCCCCCAUCUGCAGCUGUGGGAACGUUUCAAUGCAAAAUCAGCGGAGCAGCGACGAUGACAGACUGGAUGAAGACAGCCACGAGAGGGACUGGAGGGGAUCCACGAUGGUGCAGAGCUAUGCUGGAGUGUAG